GCUUUCUUUCUGCUUUUGUUGCUUGACUGAGCGUGUUUUUUUUUUCUCUCGUCGCCAGUGUAACAACCGCGAGUCUUUCUCUAGAUAAAUACCGUUUAAUGACCAGAACACUUCGCCGACUACAUCUGACAACGUGGCACUAUAAGCGAUGUAUGCGCAUGUGCAAAACUGAACUAUAUUGGAAUUGUCGGAAUGAUGGACUGGAUAUUACAAUAUUAAAUAUUAACGGCCAAGCACGCUGCCUUGUGGGACUCCGCUGUGAUUUCUUUCCAGUUUGAGAACUGAUCGCCUAAUCUGACCCGCUGACGUCGGUUAGUGAGAUAGUCAUGAAUCAGAUCUGUGGUUUUAUCGUUAGCUUCAUAGAACUUGAGUUUUUCCACCAUUAGUUCGUGUGGCAAGGUGUCAAAUGCCUUGGAAAGGUCCAUUGACACAAUUCCGAUGACAUUGUGUUGAUCGAGUUCCUUCCUCCACUGUUCUGUGAGGCUGAGAAUAGCAGUAUCAGUUCCGUCAUUUUUCCUGUAUGCGAAUACGUGUUCGUGCAAAAUGUCUUCGAAAUAACGGCUAAUUCUGUGAUGUGUUAGCGUUUCGAAGAUUUUCGACAGGGACGGUAGAAUAGUUAAUUAACGGUCUGUAAAUUGAUUUCGUUAGGCAACAAUCCUUCUUGAAAACUGGUGAGACUUGACCAAGUUUCCAUUGUUGAGGUAUCCUGGAAUUCUCCAGGAUGUAGUUAAAAAGUUCGCUGAAAGGGUAGCAUAGCAUUUCGGUUGAUUCGUUGAUUGCUCUUGGUGGAAUAUUAUCAGAGCCCUUUGCCUUGUUCCUUUUGGCUUUCAACAUCGCUUCUUUUGCUUCAACUAGACUCCUCCUUUAAUAGGAUUAGAGCAGAUUUUUCAUACCUUUCACUCGGUUUACAGUUCGUGCGCCCUACACGAAGCAGUUACAUCCGGAUUCAUCGUUCGGAUGGCAAGGUUGUGUUCAGCGUCGAUGUUGCCAUCACAGCCGCUGUGUUGUAUCCAGUUGGGAGCCUGGGGAGGUCAAUUGAGUUCACGACUUCAGUGGAAUUCACCGAGAAAGAGAUGUACUAUGUAACGAUGGACCCAGGUAUUGCUAAAGGUGUUGUUCGCUGUGGAGCAGAGUCACAGUCAAUCAGAGACCCCAACACAUGGAGCAUUAAAAUAAAGGAUGUCACCUCGCCCGUGUUAAGCUUUGUGAAUGCCCCAUCACGCUCCGGCGGUGACGUUGAAAUCACGUGGACAGCAAACGAGAACGUCACGGCUCAGUGUACAUUGCAAACUCCUUCCCAGAUCACUGGUCAACAGUGCAAUAUGUCGUGGACUGGAACCAAUCUGACAGAAGGCUACUACAGCAUUUAUGUUCAGGUUACAGAUUUGGCGGGGAACGCAGCGCCUCCGGUCAGGCACUCGUGGUUUGUCGACCGCACACCACCCCAAGUUAUCAUCACGUCCAAACCUGCUUCGCUAAGCAAUCAAGGGUCGUUCACGUUUCGCUUUUACUGUCAAGACACCUGCUCGCUUGAAUGUACGGUAGAACUACAAGGCAAUAUUCCUGUUUAUUCACAAUGCAACACCAAACGUUACACGAAGAGUAAUCUGCAAAACGGAAAGGCCUACGUGUUCGGAGUACGAGGCACGGAUGAUGUGGGUAACCAAGGCAACCCUGUGACGUAUACGUGGAAAGUUGAUUUACAGCCUCCAACCAUCUCCAACAUGGCGACACAGAGUGUGGACUGCACAUCAGAUCUAAGUCCAUCAGCUCUAGGAACACCUUCAGUCAGCGACAACGAAGGAGUAAAUAUAACAUUAACCCACCAAGAUAUCCCAGGAGUCAGUUGCAGCUUUCAGCGAAAGUGGAUCGCGAAAGACCAAGCGGGCAACAGCGCGUCUAGGAUCCAGGUCAUCAAUCUAAAUAACCCCAGUCCCCCGACCGUGAGUUAUCAUGCGAAUGCAACCAUUGCGUGUGGAAGCUUUGAGGAACAACAGCAAGACAUGCGCGAUGCAAUCAACGUCACUCACCCGUGCGAUCGACCAAUUACGAUAACGCACGUCGAUUCCGUGCCCACUAUCCUCUGCGCUACUAGUUUCACGAGAACAUGGACAAUUGCUGACGACUGUGGGAGAAAAGUAUCCGUUCACCAGAAAAUCCGAAUUUUAGCGCUUCAAUUGCCGGACUAUCCCAAGAAUGGACAAGUUAAUGUAGCGCUGAGAGAUUCUCUUCGGUGGCCGCAGUAUCCAGGCUCUGUUCGAUACAAUGUCUAUCUUUGGCGGUACGGUUCAACAAAGCCAUCAUCACCGACUGCCUGGACUUAUUAUCGAAGAUACUCUCCUUACUCCGGCUACGCAGCGGAUACCCGGAUACUGUGGAGAAUUGAAUACGUGCUCAGCUCAGGAGCAUUAAUACCCAGUCCCAUCUGGGGAUUCCAAACCCGGGCCUUCCCGGAUUUUAAAGUGGAGAAGGUUCUGGUACCACCAAAUGCUUUCUCUGGUCUAGCGUUCGAAGUGUCGUGGACCGUUAGGAAUAUUGGCAAGGUGGGAAAUGCAUUGGUCACGUGGUACGACUCAGUGUAUAUAGGAAAAAGCACAGAUUUCCGCUCCGCAAGGUUCGCAACAUCUGUGCCACACAGAGAGAUUCUCUUUCAAAAUGAUGGCUAUACUGCUAAGGGAAGAGUUCAACUUCGAGUAAACGAGUUCGGCGUGUUUUAUGUUUUCGUAGACAUUGACAGGUACAACAGGAUAAGUGAUAUCGACCGUUCUAAUGAUAUGCUGUUAGCUGACAGUCCGGUUCAAGUGUCUCUCACCCCGCCUCCUAACCUCAAAGUGGAGAAGAUUGUGUUUCCGAGUCCGUCUUUCUCAGGUGAGGAAUUAAAUUUAAUGCCAGUAGCCCUCCCGCUGAUCAGUUGUUGCAAAUCUGGAGCGUCCUGGGAUAAGUUAUGGGGGGCUGAAAAAAGGUGCUUUCUUUAACACCUACCAAUUAAAUACGCAUACAUUAUGUAUAAAGAAAAGCAAACGUGACUUGAAAAAUACCCCACGUCCAUAUAAGUUCAGUUCACGCUGUAUUUCAAUCCCAGUGAAAUACCUCUCACAACAAAACGCUAC